AUGGCAAAAUUUUACGCAUUUCUACUGGCGUUGGCGAUGCCAACAGCCUUCGCGCAACACUCAUCGGCGCCAAUUAAGGCCUUUACAAUCAACCAACAACUCCCUCUAAUUGGAGCUACAGGAGGUUCCCAUUAUCGCCAUUACGAUCAACAAACACAAGGCGCGCAAGAUCGUUCCAUCAGCACAACAUAUCACGGCAACUACUUCGGAAACAAAAUUUCCGCUACCCUCCCCAAGACCCUUGGCGAAGAUUUAUCAGGCGAAACUUUGCCCGUAAUCUCGUCAUCGUCUCUCGGAUCUCAUGCCACUUCUCAAGGCGCAUCUCACGAGACUUUCGGAGAUUUCGGGGGCGGCAGUUACUUUGGCAACAAAUUGUACAACGGAUUUUUGGAAACUCAAAAAAUUUGCCCUGUCGAAAAGUAUGCGCUCGAUGGCGAAGGCGUUAUUGAAUAUCAUUCAUCAUUGCCGAAAAUGGGGCAAUUUACUUUGUGCGCUUGGAUGCGUUUCACCAAUCACUCCGGGGAUCACACAAUUUUCACAUAUUCUGUCAAGGGUGAACCACGCGAAAUCCAAUUAUGGAUUGCCAACGCCAACAAGCAAAGUUUCAUCUCAAUGUCAGUUCAUGGGCAAAGUCUCUUCCGUCUGAACUACCCGCUCAAGAUGUUCGAGUGGCAUCACAUGUGCGGCUCGUGGAACGGCAAAACCGGCGAAUGGCAAUUGUGGGUGAAGGCGGAACGUGUUGGUCGCGGUUUCCACAAUCGGUUAAUUAAUCACGAACUCGAUGCUCAUGGUGUCGCAUUCUCCGGAGGUCCAUCAAUUACGGGUCCCGUUGCCGAUGGACAUCACUUUGAAAUCACCAUGGUACAAUUGUACAAAGUUGCCUUGAGUGCCGGCAAAGCGCAUCGCGAUCACAAACAUCAUCACGUGCAUCAUUUCGAUCACAAUGGACCAAUUGAGCCAACUACUGCUGCGCCAACGCCCGCUCCGCAACCUGCCCAACCAAUGAAUUCGUUGCUCAUUAGUGGACAAUUUCCCCAACGUGUUCCGUUAAAUUUGGCGAUGCCACAACAACAAGCGACAAUUACAAACAGCUUCACGAACGGUCAAUUGAAUGCCGGUUCGCGUUUAUUGCAGGAACAAUUUAUCACGAUCGCCCAACAGCAACAACAACAACAACACCUUCCCUUGCAAUACCAAAGUCAUGCCUUGGGACCUCAAACUAAACUUUCUAAGCGUCGCGCUCAAAAACGUGAAAUUUCCAAAAAAUUAACGAAACGCGGUUUGGUAAUGCUCAAAGACGGCAGCAUCGUCGAUGACAGUCUCCUAAAUGUACCGGGACUCUUUGAUGGAUUAACGAAAUUCGGCGUACCAGAAUUUAAAGAAGACGCGAUGCAAAAAACCCAAAAUGAUUUGGAAGACGAGAUCAAGGAACACGAUCGGGAACCCGCUGAAGGGGAAGUUCAGGCAGUCAUGAGUUUGUGUAGCAAAUGCCAAGCUGAACCCUUCCAAGGAGCGAUUUUAUUGUCAUGGAGAGACUUGCAAACGAGCACAAAAGGCGCCUUAAAAGCCCUCAGUACAGGCUCGUGCGGCGAUUUUUAG